AUGGCCAGGAAAUCUGGAGGUGGAGGGAAGAAUGUUGUGAAGCCUAGAGGUCCGUCGGAUUCUCAAGUGCUCAAAACUCGAUCAUUGGAUGAGUUAAUUGUGUCUCAUCAGAAAUCAUCGCAUAUGGAGGUAAUCUCGAGAUCUCAUCCAAUUUUUCAAGAAAUUGAGAAUGUAGUUGAUCAUGAUGACUUAAUUGCGCAAUCUGGUGAAAAGAACUUUGUGGAGAAAGAAGUAGUUCAAUUUGAUUUUGAGGAUAUUAAAGAGGAAGUAGAAUUCUGGAAUUCUGCAAUUGUGUGUUAUGUAAUGGCAGCGAAUCCUCCAAUUCAUGUCAUGGAAGGAUUUUUUCAUCGAAUUUGGAAGAAUCUAAAAGUUGACAAGGUUGCGAUGAUUCACAAAGGAGUUUUCAUAGUGCGAUUUUCUACCAUGGAAAAUCGUGAUAAGGUAUUAUCAGGACACUUCUUCUUUGAUAAUAAACCUCUAAUUUUGAAACCAUGGGUGGCUGAUAUGGAUUUCAUGAAAGAGGAUCUUAGAUCAGUGCCUGUGUGGAUUCAAUUGAAAUUGAAUAUUAAAUAUUGGGGGGAAAAGGCGUUAUUCAAAAUUGUUGAGCAGAUUGGUAAGCCAAUACAGAGAGAUGAAGCGACUAAAAAACAAGAUAAAAUCCAAUUUGCAAGAGUCCUUGUUAAAGUUUCUUUAUCAGAGAAAUUUAUUGAUCAAGCUGUUUUUGUGAACGAAUAUGGAGAUAAAAUGGAAGUAGAGGUGAAGUAUGAAUGGAAACCAGUGACAUGUGAGAAAGAUAAUUGGCAUGAAGAUGUAGGUGUGACUGAAUCUGUACCUAAAGGCAUAGAAGUUGAUCCAGAUGGAUUUCAAAGGGCUUUAAGGCCAAUCAAGGUUAGGGUAUCACAGACAAAAUAG